GCACAGGCACAGGAGGGGCCUAGAAAGUCGGAGAAGACAUAUCUGUGUGCGCUGUUACGCAUCGGUGUUUGCGCUUUUAUGCAUGUUAAGAAUUAAUGAUACGGUGAGCUUUUACGCGUGUGUGGACAUUGUGGUCUCAGUCAUGACCCUCUCCAAGGAGUAUGAAGCGUCCCAGCAGACUGGCUUGCCCCUGGACGCAAAUGAGGUAGACAUUGUUGGAGAUGACGAGCCUCUACAUGGCCAGCUUCGUCUCUAUCGGACCGAGAACAACACCGAACCUAGCUCCUCCGCCGAGUCCAGCGCAGAACUGGACUGCUCUGAGUUCGACUCGUCCGGGGAGAGCGAGAACAGUUUCUGUGCAGACGCGCCUUCAUCGGGGAGACCACAUAAUGGUUCUGUAAAGCCCCCGUAUUCCUACAUCGCUCUCAUCACCAUGGCGAUCCUACAGAGUCCUCUGAAGAAACUGACACUGAGUGGCAUCUGCCACUUCAUUAGCAGCAAGUUCCACUACUACCGGGAGAAGUUUCCGGCGUGGCAGAACUCCAUCAGGCACAACCUGUCACUCAACGACUGCUUUAUAAAGAUUCCGAGGGAGCCUGGAAACCCAGGCAAAGGCAACUACUGGUCUCUGGACCCCGCAUCUGAGGACAUGUUUGACAACGGCAGCUUUCUCCGGCGCAGGAAGAGGUUUAAGAGAAACCAGCCGGAGUGUGUGAAAGAUGGACUCAUAUUUUACCCAAACUUCAGCUGUUACCGGCCUUACGUGCGACCUUACUGCGUUCAAGGCCAAGUGAGCGCACCGGCUGCCCCUCUCCCGUAUAUGCCCGUUCAGGACGGGUUCGUGAUGCCACCUUCCUCCUACUUACCGUACCCGAGUAUAAGCAGCAGCGGUAAGGUUGUUGCCACCAGAGACUUCAGAAUGCAACUUUACGCAGCAACACCUGCAGAACAGAAGCCUGCGCGCGAUACCCAGACAAAGUGUUCAUUUAGUAUUGAAAGCAUUAUGAGUAAAACCUCUCCUUCUAUACCACAGAACACAAAUCCACAGAACUCCAACCCUCAUUGUUCUAUUGAAUAUGGUAAUCUCCUCACGGGCCCCGCUAGUUGUUUCGUUCCGAGCCUGCGUCCAGCUCCCAGGACUCCAUUCUGCCCAAGUGCAAUGUUGAGCGCACCUCCUUUAAUAACAGAGAGUAUUCAAAUGUAUUAUCCUCGUUGUUAAAGUGUUUGUUUGUAGUAGCUAUAACCAAAUGAAUAUCUGUGUCUAAGUGAUACAAGUAUAUAGGCCUAAUGGAGGCACGUUUACGCAUUUCUCAGAGAAAUGAUUUAAACUGCAUGUUGUUUGUGUUCAUUCCAUGUUGAAUAAGUCAAAAGAAGUUCAUGUAAAUAAGAAGGCUGAUAAUAUAUUUGUUAAAAUAUGGUGUCAAUGUGAAAAUGGAAAUAAAAGUGGAAACACUUUUGCCAAUUGUAAAGAAAAUCGGCCUACAUUGUAUUGUGAUUUUCCGAAUGUUUCAACAUUGAAAUGAAACAAUAAAUAUGUUUGACCCCA